AUGACUGUCGACUCCCCCCCAAGUACGUCGUCAUCAAUCUGUAACUUUGAACAGUCCACGUUGAAAACUCGGACCACAUCGAAAAAGAACUUUGACAAAGUUGUUUCAGAAAGCACAGAGAACGAAUCGAAGCAAGAUCUUGCAAAAGAUGCUGCUCAACUGCGAAAAGUUGAAGAGGCGGACCGGAUCCAGAUACGGUUAGCUUUAUUUAUUGAUUUUGCAAUCUUUGCACUCUCCUACUUCUAUCCAUCGUUCACAAAGUUCUACACACUCCAAUACAGAUACCCAGACACAAACAAAUAUGAUAUGGGUAUCGAAGAUUCGUAUUUGGUGGUAUUCAGUGUCAUAAAUCUUCUGUUCGUUAGAAGUUUUUUGAUGCUGUAUCUCCUGAAGCCUAUUGCACACUCGUUCGAGAUGUACAGUGUUAAAGCCAUCCAGAGAUUCAAGGAACAGAACUGGUCCAUAAUCUACUUUUCUGUCUCGUGGUCCUUCGGCUUCUACCUCUACUGGAAAUCAGACUACUUUUUCAACUGUGACAAGUUUUACGACAACUGGCCAAACGACAAAAUGUCUGCCGCUUUCAAGGCCUACUACCUUAUACAGACAGCUUGUUGGUUCCAGCAAAUGAUCGUCUUACACAUCGAGGCCAAAAGAAAAGAUCAUUUCCACAUGUUUUCUCACCAUAUCGUCACAUCUCUUUUGUGUGUGGGCUCCUAUGCCUACUACUUCACCAAAAUUGGUCAUGUGGUGUUUUUGCUCAUGGAUAUCGGUGAUGUGCUGCUUUCCUCAGCCAAAGUCCUCAAAUACUGUGGAUAUCAACGACUCUGUGAUGGAAUGUUUGCCGUCUUCCUUGUCAACUGGGUUGGCUUGAGACACAUUGCUUACAACUACAUCCUCUACCACGCGUACAAGAAUGCCCACAACAUGCAUGGCAGCUGCGAAGAACUGUCUCAACUGGGGGACCCUAAAAUUUGUUACACUGAUUCUACAAUCACGGUGUUUUUGUCAUUACUAGCAGGAUUGCAGGUCAUUAUAAUCUUCUGGAUGUGUCUUAUUGCUAAAGUUGCAUACAGUGUUCUUUCUGGCGCCAGCGCAGAUGAUGUGAGAAGCGAUGACUCGGAUUAG